AUGGAGGAGAGUGUGGAUGACCAGUUUCCGGCUUCGAUUGAGGUGGAAACAGAGGGGAGAACUCAAUCAGGGGGUGCGGGAAAGGGAGCAAACGGUCUGGAGCUUGAGUACGGGGGUGUCUCUGUGGAGAAAGAGGGGGAGGAGGAGGAGGAGGAGAAGGAGAAGGAGAAGGUGGAGGUGUUGGAGGCCGCGGAGGCACCGGCGGAGUAG